AUGGGGACAUCCCGAAACGUAUUUAGGGUUCAAACGGACUCGUGGGAAGCGUCACAAGCGCAUUCGCCUCUCCGCACACGCGCAUUCGCCUCUCCGCACACGCGCAUUCGCCUCCCUGCACACGCGCAUUCGCCUCUCCGCACACACGCCGUCGCUGUUAGGGUGGCGCUGCGGAAGUGGAUCAUAGUGCUGGGCGCACAUCCGGGGCAGCGCGUGGCGAAGGGGGGAAGCAAGGAGCGCAGUGCUGCAGGGGGACCUCCAGGGGAGCGGGGGAGGCGGGGCAGGGGAGGCGGGGGUUAG